AUGCAGGGAGGCGCCGAAGGUGGCGGAGGGAGCGUGGCGAUCAUCGGCGCUGGGCCCUCCGGGCUGGCGGCCGCCAAGGCGGCGCUGGAGGAGGGGCUCAGGCGGGGCUACGGUGAGGGGCCCAGUGUCUUCGAGAAGAGCGGGGGCGUGGGUGGUCUCUGGCGAGCGUCGGAGGGGAAAGUCUGGGACUCCCUGCGGACCAACCUCUCCAAGUACACUUGCGCCUUUUCGGACUUCCCCUGGCCUGAAGAGGCCGAGACCUUCCCAAAGGCCCGGGAGGUCUGCCGCUACUUGGAGCGCUUUGCUGAGAGCCUCCAGCCACACCUCCACCUCCACUGCGAGGUGACCUCGGUGAGCCGAGGGCAGGAUGGGGAGACUUCUGGAUGGCAGCUGGCUUGGCGGGAGGCCGGGGAGCCGAAGCAGCAGCACUUCAGGCACCUGGUGGUGGCCAGCGGCAUCUUUGAGAAGGCUCACCUGCAGCUCCCGGGUCUGGAGACUUUCCCGGGGCUCCUGCGACAUGCGGCCGACUACCGCAAGCCAGAGGAGUUUGCUGGCAAGAAGGUCCUGGUCGUUGGCUCCGCCUUCAGCGGGGCCGACAUUGCCGUGGACCUGUCCAGCUGCGCCUCGGUCACCGUGGCCGGCGGCAAGCCGAUGUGGUACAUCCCUCGCUACGUCAACGGUGUCCCCGCAGACCUGGCCUUCUACUCGCGCAAGCCCAAGCCGAAGCAGACACCCGAGGAGAGCAAUCGCCAGCGACACCAGUUUCUUUCAGGACUUGCGCAGAUGCCGGAGGCCCUGACAGCGCCCAGCGACUGGACCCGGCCACCUUUCGUGUGCAUCAGCGACCAUUUUGCGGAUGCGGUUCGGACAGGAGCUGUGUCAGUUGCCGGCACUGUCAGCAACGUCACCGGAUCUACGGUUCACUUUGCAGACGGCCGGUCGGAGGAAUUCGAGGCCCUCCUUGUUGCAACGGGCUACGACCUGGACCUUCCCUUCUUGGUCCCUGAGCUGAAAAAGGCCGUCCACCUGGAGCGUGACCAACUGCAGCCUCUGAUCCUGAGCCAUUGCACGUGGCCUCCGGAGGAGUUCCCCGGCCUGGCCUUUGUGGGCAUCUACCGCGGGCCCUACUUCGCCGUGCUGGAACUGCAGGCUCGCUGGGCCUGCGGCGUCUUCUCCGGACGCCUCCGAGCACCCACGGAGGAGGAAAGGAGGGAGAGCCUGGAUCGGGCCUGGGCCUUGCGAGCGGGGGAAGACCGACCCCAGUUCCCGCAGAGCUACGUGGACAUGGCCGAGGAGCUCGCAGACUUGGUAGGCGUCCACCCGCGAGAGCUUGAAAGCCCCUCACACCCGCUGCACCACCUCUACCCUGAUGUCCUUGAGGGACCCUUACUCCCCUUCCACUACCGACUCGUGGGCUUCGGCGCCCACCCCUCGGUGGCGGAGAGGGCGAUCCGGGAGUGCCGGAAGGCCCUGGCCAGGGACGCGCGGAUGUAG